ACGUCACGUCCGAUGGAACUCACAACAUGUCUUCUUCACCCCACGAUUGCGGUACACAUCACCGUCAGUUAAUUUCGUGGCUGCGACUCGUAAUCGUAGACUUGGCAAAAGAAGGCGAGGGAAGCGAUGAUUGGUUACGCAAGCUGAAAGUCUCAGCCGCAGAAGUACGGCUGAACAUAAGGCAACCUCGUGCGCGCUGCUGAGCUCUGUACACUUUCAUUCCUGUUUCUAUCUAGCUUGCGUGUCGACGGCCUAGGUCGCAAAGUGUAUUUCCUGUCCUGAGCUCGAUGUCAGACCAGCAGCAAACAACCAGCAGGGCACUAGGUAUGCCAGACGAGAUCUGUACAUUCUCCAUUCAUCGGCAAGAGGUAUAUCCUGAGAUAUCAAGCCCAAGUCUCGCUGCAGAUUCCAAACCGGCAACGGAGAAGUCUAAAGGCGUGGAGUCGCGUUCCCUUCUCAGACCACUGAGUCGCAGAUCUGAGACAAUACCGGAGCCAAGCGGCGGAAUGACAGCUCUUCACCUUGCUAUUGGAAGUGGAACGAAUGACUCCAUCCAACGCCUUCUCGAAGCUGGUGCUGACCCAAAUUUUGCCGACGAUAUCGGAGUCACCCCACUUAUGGAGGCGGUUUACUAUGGAAGCGAGUGUGCGGUACGGUUGCUCCUGGACGCUGGAGCUAUAGCGGACAUACAUAAGCCAUACGAUCUAAGUCAAUGGCCCAAACUACCCACAACAACAGUUGUGGGAGGGGACUGGAGGGCGUCUCGAGAUUUCGCUCUCCGCACCUUCAUUGCGAAAUCUUGGUGUCUUCUCCAUAUUGCAGUUUGGCGUGGUGAUUACAGCAUACUUGAGUUGCUACUGGCUCAGAAAAUCUCUCAAUGGUCCAUGAGAACGCCACUUGACUUAGCGAUCGACCUGAAUCGGCUGGACAUGUGCUUGCUCUUACUCAGACAUCACAUGACGUACUAAAAACAGCGAGAGUCGCGGCUUAUCAAAGCGGCUAUCAGAGAAAACCGACAGGAUCUUUCCAGUCUGUUGAAGAGGUGCGAAGUUGGUCUCAACAACAGACUUCUCAACGCAA